CCAAACCACAGGGCAGAAAAUUGGAACAAAAUUAUGCAAAUCAGGUUAGACAUUUCCUGUCCAGCCCACAGGGUGGAGUUUUCUCCAUUCGUAUCCAUCCUACUGAAUAUAAACACUGACUUGAUGUCAGGAACUGGAAGGAGCUGCUGGUAGGAUUCUGAUUUUAGUUUUCAGCAUCUACCAUGAAGCUCAAGGUGGUUCUGGUAUUCCUGGUGCUGUCCCUUGUUACCAUCUUCGCUCUGGCCUACAUCUUGUUGACCAGGCAAGGUGGUUCCAGCCAGCAUCCUCGCUGUCCCUCCAUAUAUCCCAGUGCCCAGCCCUGGACACACCCUGCCCAGAGCCAGCUGUUUGCAGACCUGAGCCCAGAGGAGCUGACAGCUGUGAUGAGUUUUCUGGCCCAGAAGCUGGGGCCAGGGCUGGUGGAUGCAGCCCAGGCUCGCCCCUCAGACAACUGUGUCUUCUCAGUGGAGCUGCAGCUGCCCCCCAAAGCUGCAGCCUUGACCCACUUGGACAGAGGGGGCCCGCCACCUGCCCGAGAAGCACUGGCCAUCAUCUUCUUUGGUGGACAACCCCAGCCCAAUGUGAGUGAACUGGUGGUGGGGCCACUGCCUCACCCCUCCUACAUGCGGGAUGUGACUGUGGAGCGUCAUGGUGGUCCACUGCCCUAUCACCGACGUCCCAUGCUGAGAUCUGAAUUGGUACAGACAUGGAGGCAUUUGAAAGAGGUGGAACUACCCAAGGCACCUGUCUUCCUGGCUUCUGUCCUGAACUACAAUGGCUCCACUUUGGCACCUCUACAUUCCUCCCCUAGAGGUUUGCGCUCAGGGGACCGGGCUACCUGGAUUGCCCUCUACCAUAAUGUCUCAGGUCUUGGUAUUUUCCUUCACCCUGUGGGGCUGGAAAUACUGUUGGAUCACAGUGCCCUGGACCCUGCCCGCUGGACUGUCCAGCAGGUCUUCUACCUUGGGCACUACUAUGCAGACUUGGGCCAAUUAGAAUGGGAGUUUAAAGCUGGCCGGCUAGAAGUGGUUAGAGUGCCUCUACCCACACCAAAUGGGUCUUCAUCCCUCAGGUCCCGAAUCACCCUGGGCCCUCUUCCACCUCUUCAUUUCUCACACCAGGGUUCUCAGUACAAUGUACAAGGGAACUUGGUGGUAUCCCCCCUCUGGACAUUGAGCUUUGGCCAUGGGGUGUUUAGUGGCAUAAGGAUUUUUGAUGUUCGGUUCAAGGGUGAGCGAGUGGCCUAUGAAGUCAGUGUCCAGGAGUGCCUGUCUGUCUAUGGUGCUGACUCACCCAAGACAAUGAUGACCCGAUAUUUGGAUAGCAGCUAUGGACUUGGCCGUAACAGCCGAGGCUUAGUACGGGGUGUGGACUGCCCCUAUCAAGCCACAAUGGUGGACAUCCAUAUAUUAGCAGGCAAAGGGACAGUCCAGCUGCUCCCAGGGGCAGUGUGUGUAUUUGAGGAGGUUCAGGGACUACCUCUUCGAAGGCACCACAAUUACAUUGAGAGUCAUUUCUAUGGUGGUUUGGCCAGCUCAGCCCUUGUGGUCAGGUCUGUGUCAUCUGUGGGUAACUAUGACUACAUUUGGGACUUUGUGUUGCACCCAAAUGGGGCGCUUGAAGGGCGGGUCCAUGCCACAGGCUAUGUCAACACAGCUUUCCUGAGUGGAGGAGCAGAGAGCCUCCUCUUUGGUAAUCGUGUAGGGGAACGGGUGCUGGGGGCGGUGCACACGCACGCCUUCCACUUCAAGCUGGACCUGGAUGUGGCAGGGCUGAAAAACUGGGUGGUAGCAGAAGACGUGGUGUUUAAACCUGUUGCAGUCCCCUGGAGCCCAGAGCACCAGCUGCAGCGGCCACAGCUGACACGGCAGGUCCUGAGAAGGGAGGAUUUGGCAGCAUUUUCCUGGGGAAGCCCCCUUCCCCGCUACCUUUACCUGGCCAGCAACCAGACUAAUGCCUGGGGUCACCAGCGUGGAUACCGAAUCCAGAUCCACAGCCCCCCUGGCAUACACAUGCCCCUGGAGAGCAGCAUGGAGAGGGCCCUCAGCUGGGGGAGAUACCAGCUUGUGGUGACCCAGAGGAAGGAGAAGGAAUCGCAGAGCAGCAGCAUCUAUUUCCAGUCUGACAUCUGGACACCCUCAAUUGUCUUCGCUGACUUCAUCAACAACGAAACCCUCUUAGGAGAGGAUCUGGUGGCUUGGGUUACAGCCAGCUUCCUGCACAUUCCCCAUGCUGAGGAUGUCCCCAAUACGGUGACUUUGGGGAACAGAGUUGGCUUCUUGCUCCAACCUCAUAACUUCUUUGAUGAGGACCCCUCCAUCUUCUCCCCUGGCAGUGUCUACUUUGAGAGGGGCCAGGAUGCUGGGCUCUGCAGUAUCAACCCUGUGGCCUGCACCCCCAACUUGGCAGCCUGUAUCCCAGACCUUCCCCUUUUUUCUUAUCAAGGUUUCUAGAUCUGAGAGUAGGGGGGAACAUAGGGGGUAGGGGUAGGGAGCAGCAUCUGAUGAGAGACACUUGCCUUCUCCAUUCCCCCUUCAGUUCCCUGUGUUUUUAUCACAUUGCUCCUCAGACUCUUUGCCCUCCGUACUCCUUAGGGAAUAUCCUCCUCCCAAGCUAUAAAAUCUCCAUGUGUCACUUUGGUUAAUUCUUACUUUCUGCUCAUUUUGUAAAUGACAAAUUUAUAAAAACAAUUUUGAAAUAUUCAAGCAAAAACACCACAAAUCCCACCACUCAGAAUUAGCUGAUGUUUGCAUCAUACCAGGCAUUCCUUUAUGCAUGUGUAUUAAAAAGGAAUGGUUGUUAUGUGUAAUUGAUAAUAAAAAGUCUUAUAAGAAUUUCA